AUCAAGCAGAAGUAUGAAAGAGCGCACACAUUAAAUCUAUCACUCCGCUUGUGUACUUUUCAUGGGGUUCUGAUUGGCAAACAGCAUAUUAGAAACAAACGCGCGCAUGGAUUGCCCCUCCUCUCAUCUCCUGAACCUUAUCUCUUCUCAUUCUUGCACCCUCCACCAGAAUAACCCCAACACGCACACACAUACACGCGCUGCUCUCUCCUGACGCGUCCCCUAAGUGUCUGGAUAAUAGAUAACAGAGCCCGCGACCUCCGGGGGUCUUACAAAAACAGCGCUCGGCGAGUGGGAGCAUCGCACAAGAGGAAGAGGAGCCCCAUCACACAGAGACAGCCAAACACGGCGGUCUCACUCACACAGUCACCUCGAAGGGAACAAGAGCAACUCAGAAGACUUUUCAACUUUUACGCACGGAGAUUGAGUUUUACGCACGACUCGAAAGAACAUUUUUGCCUCAAGAAAAACUUGCAGGAGCAUCCAGGAUCUUACCUUUUAACCCCCGGCCUUUGGGGCACAAGGUACCAACCCAAAUUAAUCAGGUAAUCCAAUCUGAUGGCUCAGAACGUUGGAGCAGGUCAGUCAGAUGGAGACUGACUGAGACAACUUGGAAGAGAUCAGAUCAAGUUUGGACUUUUUUUUUUUACCUCACAGGUUCAUUAAAACUUAAAAUAACAAAUAUGCCCCGUCCUGGGAAAAACUCCUACAGCGACCAGAAACCACCUUACUCCUACAUAUCCCUGACAGCGAUGGCUAUCCAGAACUCAUCCGAGAAGAUGCUGCCUUUGAGUGACAUCUACAAGUUCAUCAUGGAUCGGUUUCCCUAUUACCGGGAGAACACGCAGAGGUGGCAGAACUCCCUGCGACACAACCUGUCCUUUAACGACUGCUUCAUCAAGAUCCCCCGGCGGCCCGAUCAGCCGGGGAAGGGCAGCUUCUGGGCUCUGCACCCGGACUGCGGGGACAUGUUUGAGAACGGCAGCUUCCUGAGGAGGAGGAAGCGCUUUAAGGUCCUGCGCGCCGAGCACAUGAGCUGCAAGAGCUCCCCGAUGAUGCAUUACUUCCAUCACCACCACCAUCACCCUGGAAGCAAGCUCGCCACCGCCUCGGCCCACCACGAGCACCCUGCGGGCCCGGCGGGCGUGGGUCGGCUCCCUCCCUUUCAGGGUUACGGGGGCAUCUCUUGCGCGCAGCCUGGCGGGUUUAAACACCCGUUCGCCAUCGAGAACAUUAUCGGACGAGACUACAAGGGCGUGGUGGCCGGCGGGCUUCCCCUCAGCUCAGUCAUGCACCACCUGGGUUACCCGGUGCCCCCUCAGCUCAGCAGCGUCGUCAACUCCAUGUGGCCGCACGUCGGGAUGCUGUCAGAGUCCAUGAGCGGCGUGCCCGUGUCGGCUGCAGCAUCCGAGUACGCGCCCUUCGGAGUUUCAACGAAGGGCCUGUACCACAACGCCAGCGGGCAAACUCUGCCCGCUGUCCCGGUGCCGAUAAAACCCACCCCGUCUUUGGGCCCGGUUCCUGGCUUGUCCGGUCCGGCCCAUCUCUGCACCCCGGCCUCCGCCAUGGAGAAGAGCGACCUGCUGGAGGGCAAAGCAAACCCGCUACACCCGGCUCUGCUCUUAUCAUAGCUCAGUCAAAUGCAGGUUAAUAUUAAUAUUAUUUUUAUUUAUCAUAUUUAUUUAGAAAUAAAGACCUCACGUGGUUUAUUGAAGCUGUAAGACAAUUGUGAGCAUUGUGCUGUAGGCUAAUGUGUUUUCCUCAUGUCAGUUAGAAUCAUAAUUUAUUUGCACACUUUUGAAGGGCAUUUGCCACACAGUAACGUGGCACUGAUGAAUACAAUCAGACAAGUAGAUAAACCCAAAGACAGCGUUCAUCAGAGGACACAACGUUCAAAAUCCAACCCACAGCUCCUCAGUUAUUGUCUUUCACUUUUGCUUUUCGUUUAUUCAUCAGGUCUGUAGAUUUAAAGAAAAUGUAGGCCUUCAUGCUUUAGCUUUUUUAGGCUUGUUGCACUUUUUUCUGUGUUAUUGAUCAUGUUAUGCUUGUAUUACAACACUAUUUAUCUGAAGAUUAUUUAUAAAGAGGCUGAAACUGAAUCUCUGGUGUCAUUCUUAUUUAGACACUCAUUUUGCCUAUUAAAAAGCAAUUAGCAAGAACUUUACAUAAAAAAAUCUUAAUUUUUUAAGAGUUUUCACCACUUUUGCAAAAAAAAAAAAAUCUUUACUUGAAGUCAGCUUUUUCAUAAUAAAAGUCGUUACAAUCACACAAGGAGAUUUUAUGUAUAAGCAAAGCUGUUCUAUUAAUUUUAUCCUCAAUUUAUAUCACUCUUUUCUUGUAACUGUGGACUAUAAAGUUAAAAAUGUAACAAAUAAACCUGUAAAGAUGCUUAUUUUUGGGCUACAUUAAUUUGUAUAAACGUUGGCAUUUUACCUGUAUGUAUGCGCUUCGUUUAAUGUUGAGAGAAGGACAAAACUUGUGGCUUAUAUCAGACACUAAAAAUUAACUUUAAUUUGAGCAAGAUUUUAACUGUAAAAUGUUUUGGACAUUUAAUUAAACGUUGACAUGAAAAUCCUUGGAGUGUUGUAGCAUUAACCUGAAGCUCUGAAGGACCAGAUCCACAUCUUCAAAAGCAGAUGGGAUCAAGUUUCCUCUUUUAUAUUUGCUGUUUUAAUGAAGCUUUGAAGCUUGUCAUCUUCAACAGCACAAAGCCUCAGGUUCGUCCCUCUGAAAAUGACUUACGUUUAACCUCCUGCCCCCUGUUUAGCAUCCCAAAGGCUCCCACUGCCAACACUUUUGUCACACCAGCGUCAGAACAAAUAAUUGAGAUGCACCAGAGAGGGAGAGAAAAUUAGAACCUAUUUGGAUGUCACUGCUAACGAGCAUAUAAAAGUGCACGCCCCAUAAUUCCUCCUUAUCUCCUUUUUUUCCAAAUUCAUCCUCCAUAUCUUCCAGUCUCGUGUCACGUUCCUUUUUGUUACCGUAUUUUCUAACAAACAUCUAUGUUGAGAGGAGGCUCUAACUCCUAAUUAAAGGGAGGUUUCAUGACACAACAAGUGUAUCUGUGUCAAAAGUGAGCCUGUAAACGCAUUUGUGUGUGUGUGAAUUUCUUUUAAUUCCCUGAGCAGCAGGUCUCAGUGUCUUUAAUAGCCCUCACUGCUUUAGUGCAUAAUUAAAUGCCACUAAUUAAGGCACAAUAAGAAGAGUAAUAAUAUAGCCAUUACUACCCUCCAUGAUCUCCUGUCUCCUCAACAUCAGAGUUUGAUGUUUCUGGAAUUAUAAAAUCACAUGCAUCAUAUUAUGUACAUGAAGGCAGUUAAUGCAUGUUGGAAUUAUUAUGUUUGAUUUUCAAGUAAAAUAAAAAAUCUCACAGUAAAGCUUUAAAAUUGCCUGUUAAAUUAAUUGAUACAUUAUUCGUUUUUUUAAUUAGCUGAAUUCAAAAUAACUUUGUUUAUAUUUUUUAUUUGAGUUUAAUAUAACAUUAUUUCGAUGAAUGAAAGAAAAUCUGUUUGAUAUAAUUAGGGAUCGGUGACCCUGAACAGGGGAAAAAUGAAUGGAUAAAAAAGGGAAAAUAUUUUUCAUAAUUGUUUCUGACACUUAGCUAAAAAUAAAGAAAAAAAAUCAAUUAUUCUAAAUCUGCAAGUCAAUAUUUUCUACUCAAAAUUUUAAAAGUGAUUAAUACCAACAAUAUAUAUAUAUUUUUUUAAUACUAAUGUAUGAACAGGAUAGUAAAAAUGGACCGUUCAUUAUUUAAAAGUUUAAAUCUGUUCUGUAAUCAUCUUUUGAAACUUAAAACACAAUUUAAAUGUCAUUUUUCUAAAUGUAGUAAAUUAUUUUUUAAACAUAAAUGUCCCAAAAAUCAA